AUGUCACCACACGCCAUCGCUGAUGAAUCGACGCUAAGCAUAGAUCGCGCCAAAUUCGGUGUCACAAGGAACGCUUUUCUUCCCGAGGAUAGCCCAGCUACAAAGUUGGAGCACCCUUCAUAUCAGCCAUGGGAGGACAUUGCCAAAGAUCUGCCGUCACUCAUUGAUAAUGGCAGCAUCCGAGAAAGAGUCGCCAAGCUUCCCAUUAUUAGUACCGACGCCCUUGUUGGUGAGGCGGAAUGGCGUAGAGCAUACUCUAUGCUAGCAUACAUCACCAACGCCUAUGUCUGGGGGGGUGAUAAGCCAGAAGAAAUCCUGCCGCCUCAAAUCAGCGUUCCGUUUCUGCGCGUCUCGGAACAUGUCGAGCUUCCUCCAGUCCUCACAUACGCUGGCGCCAACCUUUGGAACUUUACUUCUACCUCCAAUGACUUUUCCGAAAUAGACAACCUGCAGACACUGUUUUCUUUUACUGGUACCGAAUCCGAAUCAUGGUUCCUACUCAUUUCCGCCGCCAUGGAGGCCAAGGCUGCAGGUAUCCUGGACGUCAUGGUCCGCGCCGUCCACGCUAUCAAGACCAGAGACUAUGCACUCAUCACGGAUGCUCUUUACCAAUUACGCGAAUGCAUCGAGAAGGUCGGCCGUCUUCUGGAGAGAAUGUACGAGAAGUGUGAUCCCAUGACUUUUUACCAUCGUAUCCGCCCUUUUCUGGCGGGAAGCAAGAACAUGGGCAAUGCUGGUCUACCUCGCGGCGUAUUUUACGACGAGGGUAGUGGCAAGGGCGAAUGGAAACAGCUUCGUGGUGGUAGCAAUGGACAGAGCUCACUUAUUCAGUUCUUUGACGUUAUUCUCGGCGUCGAACACACUAGCCACGGUGCCCCCAAUUUCCACAGGGAGGUGCGCGACUACAUGCCAGGACCUCACCGUCGCUUCUUGGUGUAUGUUGAGCAGCUUGGAAGUAUUCGAGAGUUUGCCAUGUCUACCUCACCCGAUGUUACACCAGACCAGCAAAUCCUGCGCGAUGCCUUCACGGCGGCCACGGACACCUUGACCAACUUUCGCAACAAGCAUAUCCAGAUCGUUACUCGGUACAUUAUUUUGCCUUCCAAACAGCCUUGGACAGGCAAAUCACUUCAAAAUCUUGCCAGUUCUUCCUCCAAAUCGGCGAGCAGCGAGGAGUUGACUGGCACUGGUGGCACUCCACUGGUAGCUUUCCUCAAGCAAAGUCGCGAUGAGACAGCAGCGGCAGGCAUUCUCAGCAAUCCAUAA